AUGUCAUCGCACGUCGUCGUAAUAUCUACGGAUCUCCGUCGGACUACUGUCAAGGUCACGCCGGGGACAUAUCUGGCGGAUGUGUUGCAACAGGCCUGCACCAAACUUGGCCUCCCGGGAGACAAGUAUCUCGUCAAGCACAAACAGAAGCAGGUUGACUUGACCAUCCCGUUUCGAGCAUCCGGGCUCAGCCCCGGCGCCAAGCUCGAGCUCGUCCAGAAGUCCAACACACCAUCAGCCAUCCAGGUGGCCCUCCAACUGCCGCAGCCCGAGGCCAAGGAGAUACCGGGUGGGCGCUUGGUCAAGAAGUUCCCCAGUGACCUCACGCUAUGGCAGGUCCUGCGGCAGUUUGAGAGCGGCGACGCCAACGCCGGCCGCAACAUCAAUAUCACGGCGAGGGGCGUGGCCCGCAUUGACGCUGGCGCCGGCGGCAGCGGCCAACUCUACUACGAGACGCCCGUCCUCAACAUCAUGGGCAGGGAGAUUUCUACAUUUACUGACCUGCAGAAGACUCUUGCCUCCCUGGGGUACAACUCAGGUAACGUUCUGAUACGUCUGACCUACAAGACGACGGACCAGACGCUUCACGCCGCCAUGGAUGAGAUUAGCCAGCUCUUCAAGGAGGAGGAGAGAGGAAACACUGCGUCAUCAGGUACCCAGAAGACGGAUCCUGCACCCCAGCAGCCCACGCCGUCCAAAGAAACCAACGCCCCCGACACGCCCAUGGCAGACGCCGAGCCUGCACCAGCGCCGCCCCAAGAGCAAGAGCAAACACAAAUAAGCCAAGCCGACGGGGCAGUAGCAGCAGCAUCGUCAGCACCAUCAUCCAAUGAUCCAUACAGUCCCGUGAAUGUCUACCUAGCGCCCUCUGGAACAACACCGGCCGCAGCUCUCACCCCAGCCAGUGAGACAGACUUCACGCCCACAGUAGCCCACGCGCAACUGCACCAGGCGCGGCUCUUGGAGAACGCCAAAAACAAGCGCCUCCUCUCAGACCGAGAGCUGGAUGAGAAGGCUGCCGCCGAGGAGGCCAAGAUUUCGGCCGUCAAGUCGGUGCGCGUCAAGGUGCGCUUCCCCGACAACACCAGCAGCGAGUGGGAUGUGGGCCCCUCACACACGGGAGCCUUUUUGUACGCGGCAGUCAGGCACAUCAUGGCGAAGAGCGACGAGCCCUUCCACCUCGCCCUCCCGGGCGGCAAGUCCGUCAUCAAAGACCGGGAUGACCGUGGGCCUGAGGACACACUGGUCAGGGGAUACAAGAUGUCCGGCAGGGUUCUCGUCAACCUCGUGUGGGACGAGGGCGCGAGCGCGGACGCCAGGAAACAACCGUUCCUCAAGUCCCACGUUGCCAGCCAGGGACAGACAGUCAAGGUCCCCGAGGUUCCACAGAUUGCCGAAGACGAGGUGGAGGCGCCUGCAGUGGCACAGGUACAUGAAGAUGGGAAGAAGAAGAGCAGUGGUGAGGGAGGGGCCAAGAAGGUGCCCAAGUGGCUCAAGCUGGGCAAGAAAUAG